ACUGCAGCUCGCUAAGCUCCGCCCGCCGCCGUUGACCGUUUUACUUGCUGAUUGGGGCUACUUUGGCUCUCUAGUUCCUGGGCUUAAAAAAAAGUGAAUGAAGAAAGCCUUCCCAGAACCAGGAUGUUUUCUUUGGCCACACUAGGCCAAAAUGGAGCCCGACGAGUCUCGACCGCGACUCAGGGGAGAUUUAUGAGGGACGGCAGAUGCUUGUUUACCUGUUUGCCAGAAUGUCACUUUGUCUCCAAGACCAGAAAAAUGGGGCCUUCCUUCUCCUGCUCCUCCGGCAGCCAUUACAGAUGCUUUAGUGCCUCAGCUGCUCUCUGCAACUCUUCAUCAUCACUACAUCAGAAAACACCAUCUUACAGUUAUGUCAUUGUUGGGGCGGGGUCGGCGGGCUGCGUCCUUGCCAACCGCCUCUCAGAGGAUUCCGAUAAGUCUGUGCUGCUACUGGAGGCUGGGCCCAAAGACAUGUUGCUAGGCAGCGUGCGACUAUCAUGGAAGAUCCACAUGCCAGCUGCGCUGACCUACAACCUUUGUGAUGAGAAGUAUAACUGGUACUACCACACUUUACCUCAGGCCCACAUGGACAACCGGGUAAUGUACUGGCCAAGGGGCCGUGUUUGGGGCGGGUCCUCUUCACUCAACGCCAUGGUUUACAUCCGUGGACACGCGGAAGACUACAACCGCUGGCAGAGAGAGGGGGCAAAGGGCUGGGAUUAUGAACACUGUCUGCCUUACUUCAGGAAAGCUCAGCAUCAUGAGCUGGGAGAAAACAGGUACCGGGGUGGCAGUGGACCACUUCAUGUGUCCAGAGGGAAGACCAGCCAUCCCCUUCACAAAGCUUUUAUUGAUGCGGGGCAGCAGGCAGGAUACCCGUUCACUGAUGACAUGAAUGGAUACCAACAGGAAGGCUUGGGCUGGAUGGACAUGACCAUUUAUAAAGGGAAGAGGUGGAGCGCAGCCAGUGCCUAUCUGAGACCUGUCCUGGGUCGACCCAACCUGAAGACGGAGGUGCGCUGCCUGACCACUAAGAUCCUGUUUGACGGAAACCGUGCUGUGGGAGUGGAAUACAUACAGAAGGGACAGAAAAAAAGGGUGUUUGCAGAUAAAGAAGUGAUAUUGAGCGGAGGAGCGAUCAACUCCCCUCAGCUUCUCAUGCUGUCUGGGGUGGGAAACGCUGACGACCUGAAACAACUCGGCAUCCCUGUGGUUCAGCACUUACCAGGUGUUGGCAGUAACCUGCAGGAUCAUUUGGAGCUGUACGUCCAGCAGCAAUGCACUCAGCCUAUCACCCUGUACAAGGCCCAGAAACCUUUCCACAUGGUCAAAAUAGGCCUUGAGUGGCUCACCCUGUUCACUGGUAAUGGAGCAACAGCCCACUUGGAGAGUGGUGGGUUCAUCCGCAGUCGGCCGCAUAUCACACACCCCGACAUCCAGUUUCACUUUUUGCCCUCGCAAGUCAUCGACCACGGACGAGUUGCCUCCAAGAUAGAAGCAUAUCAGGUUCACGUCGGACCAAUGAGAAGCACCAGUAUCGGCUGGAUGAAGCUGAAGAGCACCAACCCUCUGGAUCACCCGAAUCUCCAGCCAAACUAUCUCUCCACUGAUAUUGAUGUGUGGGAGUUCAGAGAGUCUGUCAAACUCUCCAGAGAGAUUUUUGCCCAGAAGGCCUUCGACCCGUUCCGUGGUCCUGAAGUCCAGCCUGGUCCUCAGUGCCAAUCCGAUGCAGACAUCGACGCUUUUGUCCGCCGAAAGGCCGACAGCGCCUAUCACCCCUCCUGCACCUGCAAGAUGGGCUCUCCCUCUGACCCGAUGGCGGUUGUCGACUCAAACACACGGGUUCUGGGUCUGGAGCAGUUGCGUGUGGUCGACGCCUCCAUCAUGCCCAGCAUCGUCAGCGGCAACCUGAACUCCCCGACCAUCAUGAUGGCGGAGAAGGCUGCCGAUAUCAUCAGAGGUCGCCCUCCUCUUGUCGACCCAGGGGUUCCUGUGUACCGACCGCAGACACUUGACAGGCAGAGAUGAAUACAGAGUAAGGGGUAUGUGUGGAUCAGAAAGAGUUCACAACACAAUCAGUCAGUAAGCAACAACAGCGGAAAACAGCUUAUUGUGUUUUAGACUGGGAGCUGAUCAAUUGGCUAUUUUUGCUUUUUGAUCUGAUAUUAUAAAUAAAUAAUGUGAGCGUUUUGUCUUGUUAACACAUCUGAUUUGCACACAAGGUAACAUAUCACAGUAACACAGUUUAACAAUAAUUACGAAGGUCUGGUCUAGGCAGGCUAAAUUCACGGCCAUAAUGGGUUAAAUACAGUUGAUUUUAGCAGUUUACACCUGAAAUUUCAGUUUUACAAGUAUUUAAAUUGGUCUCCUCACUAUCUUCUGAUGAAAAAACAGUGGCCUUAUAACUUGUCUUAUUUUUAAAUUUUUUUUCAAUGAUUUGGAUCUUAUUUUCCAUUCUAAAUUUCACAUAUCUUAAGUAAUCUUACAGUUAAUGUCAUAAAACUUGCAGGGACCCUGACUACGGUUUGCUCUUCUGCCUAGUUAGUGAGCUCUCAAUGACUGAAACCAAUUGUUUGACCAGGUUAACUGAUUUGAUUCCUCAAACUGUAGCAGUUUGGACUAAACAAUGCUGAAGAUCAACAGAUAUGGGAGGAAAUUUAAUUUUAUCAGACACUUAAUUUGACUUUGAACUUGACUCACCUUUAAAAUAUUCACAUUUAUAGAGCCAGAUGUGUGCUGGGAAGUCAUGGUUGGCACAAUGUGGUUGCAUGGAAAGAAUCUGAGCAUUUGUGUAGUUAACGUGAUUGUAGUAGAAAGCAGUACUUCUGUCUUGAGUGAUCAUCACUCUUGUUGUCUGCAGAUGAAAUAAGAAACAGACAAAGUCAGUUUGUCACAAAUAGUGAUGAAAAGAUACAUCUGUCUCAACUCAACAGCAUCAGACUGGUAUUUUGUUAAUGUUUCGAAAGAAAUGCCCAAAGCUUCCUUUUUGGUCUGGGUUAAGGAAUAGGUUUGAUUUGCUCUGAUCAGGACUCAAACUCAAGUGGUCCUGGUCUUGGAAUUGACUUGGUCCUGAUGGCAGGAGAGGUGAAAUUACUCACCCAUGUAUGAGGAGAAAAAAAACUUUCAACCCCAUUCUUCUCAGGAAAGUAGGCUUGUUGCCUGGCAAAGGUCGUAAACAUCCUCACAUUGUUGAUAACACAAGCAAACCGUCUGUCAGAGAAGUAAACGGGAACUAGAGAGAAGAUAAUCAAACAAUCUGGUUCAAGCUCGACAUAAAAACCGAAGUAAAAAUGGCCAAAAAAAAAAAAAAAAGUUAGCUAUUUGCAUAUUGUGUUAAAACACUCGUUAUGUAAAAUAUAUGCAAAAAACUAUACUACACUAAAAAGAAGGUACAUUGGAAACGUUUUUUCUGUGUUUACAAGGAAGCCUUUGAAGAUGAUUGUGUAUAACGGAUAAUGAAGUUAAGUAUGAUAAUACCACUGGUGCCUAUAAACUCAUUAUGUUCUGGUGUCAAUGUGAAUUUCUAUAUUUUAACCAGCACUGAUAACAUUAGUCUUGAGCAGAUUUUAGAAUCAGCUUCACUGAAAAACUUCCUCGGAAAGAUGCAUGCAUACAUAUAUGAAGUAUUGAUUUAAACUGAUUUUGACUUUUACACUUUGAUUUCACUUUACAUUCACUUUUUAUGAUGUUGUUGUUGUUAUUAAGCUCUAUGGAAACAGCCAAGUGCUAAAAUGAAUUCUAAUAGCAUCUUAUUAAGCUUUGCACUACGCUAUGAAGUAUCUUGGCUCAGCUUCAUUACUGUGACAAAUAUUGUUUACAUUAUAUUCAGUGUUUUACAAUAUUACUUGAAUGUUUCAAUCAUAAUGAAGGAGUAACACUUGGAUCGCAAAGGGAAAAUUAUUGUGACAAUUCAUACAGCUUUUAGGUUUGCAUGUUUUUGGGGGGUUUUUUUCGUUUGGUUUUUUUUGUUGUUUUUUUUUGUUUUUUGUAUUAACUGUAAGCAAACACUUAAACCAUCCUGACCUUUCCAUCAUGACUUUAUUCAGUGGUCCAUACAAAAAUCCUCAGCAGGUUCAUUGACAUUUCAGGCAAGAAAUCAAAUGUACAAAACAGGGUUUUUGUUUUCAUUGGUACAAAAUCUCUAAGGUUCUUGUACUUAUGCUACAAAGUAGAUAGAACUAUUUCUUUUAAUUUUCAUACAGCAAACGGGUAGAAAGCAUAAAUCUUCAAGUUAAUCACUUACUUUUUACAAACACUGUACAGAUUGUAUACGUUGUUGUCAUUUCCUAGACAACUGUAAAGCAGUGGAGCAGUACAAAAAAUAAAGCUGUCGGUUGCUCAACCAUG